AAAUAUCUUGCAGAGGUAAAUUGCUGGCAGGAUUGGUUGGUCUUCUCUGAUAUAUUCUAUUUUCUUAUUAAAAGUGGGUGCAUUGAUUUUGUUGAUUUUGUGGACAAGCUGGUUUCACGACUUACAGAGGGUGAUCAUCAUAUACUUAAGACCAAUCAUGUGACCUGGUUGCUUGCACAGAUAAUUCGAAUUGAGCAAGUUAUGAAUGCUUUGAACACUGAUCCUAGAAAGGUGGAGACAACCAGAAAGAUUUUAUCAUUCCAUAGAGAAGACAAAAGUUCGGAUCCUAAUAAUUCUCAAAGUAUCUUGCUUGAUUUUGUGAGCAGCUGUCAAAAUUUACGUAUUUGGUCGCUUAACUCAUCAACCAGGGAAUAUCUGAACAAUGAACAGCUUCAAAAAGGAAAGCAAAUAGAUGAAUGGUGGAGACAAGCGAGCAAAGGGGACAGAAUGAUGGAUUAUAUGAAUAUGGAUGAACGCUCGAUAGGGAUGUUUUGGGUUGUGACCUACACAAUGGCACAACCUGCUUGUGAAACAGUAAUGAAUUGGUUAAAUUCUGCCGGAGUUGCUGACUUAAUGCCAGGAACAAAUAUGCAGCCUGCUGAGAGAUUAAUGGCUACACGAGAAGUGAGCCCACUGCCCAUGUCAUUGUUAGCUGGAUUUUCAAUAAACUUGUGCGUGAAGUUGUCUUAUCAAAUGGAAGAUUCUCUAUUUUCUGGGCAGGUUAUACCCAGCAUUGCAAUGGUUGAAACUUAUACCAGAUUGCUGCUCUUAGCACCUCAUUCACUCUUCCGUUCGCAUUUCAAUCAUCUGGUUCAAAGAAAUCCUUCUUUGUUGAGCAAACCUGGGGUAACACUUUUAGUGCUUGAGAUAUUGAACUACCGACUACUUCCACUUUACAGAUACCAGGGAAAAAGCAAAGCCCUAAUGUAUGAUGUUACAAAGAUAAUUUCGGCUAUAAAAGGAAAACGAGGAGAUCAUCGAGUAUUCAGAUUAGCUGAAAACCUGUGCCUGAAUCUUAUUUUCUCGUUGCGUGACUUUUUCUUGGUUAAAAGGGAAGGAAAGGGCCCGACAGACUUCACUGAAACUUUGAAUCGAGUGACUGUUAUAACUCUUGCUAUCCUAAUUAAAACUCGUGGAAUUGCUGAUGCUGAACACCUCCUUUACCUACAAAAUAUGUUGGAACAAAUCAUGGCAACUAGCAAUCAUACGUGGUCAGAGAAAACACUACAUCACUUCCCUUCUGUUCUUCGUGAAGCAUUGAGUGGUCGAACUGAUAAAAGAAGCCUUGCUAUACAAACAUGGCAGCAGGCUGAAACCACUGUAAUAAACCAGUGCAACCAGCUUCUUUCACCAUCAACUGAUCCUAGUUAUGUUUUGACCUAUAUCAGUCAUAGUUUCCCUCAGCAUCGACAAUAUCUAUGUACUGGUGCAUUGAUAUUAAUGCAUGGCCAUGCAGAAAAUAUUAACAGUGGAAACCUGGGACGUGUCCUGCGGGAGUUCUCUCCUGAAGAGGUGACAUCUAAUAUUUACACAAUGGUGGACGUUCUGCUUCAUCAUAUGCAGAUAGAGCUUCAACAAGGACACUCCUUACAGGACCUGAUGUUAAAAGCUUGUGCAAGCCUUGCCUUUUUUGUUUGGACUAAUGAAUUACUUCCUUUGGAUAUCUUGCUUCUGGCACUUAUUGACCGUGAUGAUGAUCCACAUGCUUUGCGUAUUGUGAUUAGUCUACUUGAUAGGCAAGAGCUUCAGCAAAGAGUAAAGCUCUUUUGUAUGACUCGUGGGUUCCCCGAACAUUGGCUUUACUCAGGAAUAUUCAAGCGAGUUGAGCUACAAAAGGCUCUUGGAAAUCACCUUGCAUGGAAGGAUCGGUAUCCUGUGUUUUUUGAUGAUAUUGCAGCACGUUUACUUCCGGUCAUCCCCUUAAUUAUAUAUAGACUUAUCGAAAAUGAUGCAAUGGAUACAGCAGAAAGAGUAUUGGCCAUGUAUACCCAUUUGCUUGCUUAUUACCCUCUAAGAUUUACAUUUGUUCGGGAUAUACUUGCAUACUUCUACGGUCAUCUUCCUGGAAAGCUUAUUGUUCGAAUCCUCAAUGUACUUGAUGUCAGUAAGAUUCCCUUUUCAGAGUCAUUCCCUCAACAAAUAAGUUCGACAAAUCCAGUCAUGUGCCCUCCUCUAGAUUAUUUUACAACUCUGUUACUGGGAAUAGUGAAUAAUGUUAUUCCUCCAUUACAUAACAAUUCAAAAUCUGGAUCAAUGGGAGAUGCAUCAAACAAUACACUGCGUCCUACACAAAACAAGCCUGCUGCAGUAUCCCAGUCUGGGCCAGCAAAUGCUUCAGAGGGCCAAAAGGCAUUUUACCAAAUUCAAGAUCCGGGAACAUACACUCAGUUGGUUCUUGAGACUGCUGUUAUUGAAAUACUUUCCCUUCCGGUAUCUGUCUCUCAGAUAGUACAAUCACUUGUUCAAAUUGUUGUUAAUAUACAACCAACCUUGAUCCAGUCCAGCAAUGCUCUUCAUGGUGGUUCAAAUAGUGUAGGGCAGGGUUCAGUGUUGCCAACAUCACCUUCAGGUGGAAGCACAGAUUCCUUAGGUGCAAGCCGAUCAACUCCUUCAGUUUCUGGAAUAAAUACCUCUAACUUUGCUUCUCGAAGUGGUUAUACAUGUCAACAACUAUCUUGUUUGUUAAUUCAAGCUUGUGGCCUUCUACUGGCUCAGCUUCCCUCUGAUUUUCAUUCACAACUUUACUUGGAAACGACACGUAUUAUAAAAGAGAACUGGUGGCUUAAGGAUGGGACAAGGUCACUUGGGGAAAUAGAUUCUGCAGUUGGCUAUGCAUUGUUAGAUCCAACAUGGGCUGCACAGGACAAUACCUCUACAGCAAUUGGGAAUGUGGUGGCCUUGCUUCAUUCUUUCUUCAGUAACCUCCCUCAAGAAUGGCUUGAAGGGACCAAUGUCAUUAUCAAGCAGCUUCGGCCUGUAACAUCAGUCGCCCUGUUGAGAAUAGCUUUCCGUAUAAUGGGGCCACUCCUUCCAAAACUUGCCAAUGCUCAUGCACUUUUCAACAAGACUCUCUCAUCAUUACUAAGUAUAUUAGUGGAUGUAUUUGGAAAAAAUUCCCAGACAACGAUUGCUGUUGAUGCGUCAGACAUAGCAGAUAUCAUUGACUUCCUCCAUCAUGUCGUCCACUAUGAGGGACAGGGAGGGCCUGUGCAGGCUAGCAGCAAACCACGACCAGAUGUUUUGGCCCUCAUUGGAAGGGCAUCAGAGAGUUUACGUCCAGACAUUCAACAUCUGCUUUCACACCUAAACCCUAAUGUGAAUUCCUCUGUAUAUGCGGCAUCUCAUCCUAAGUUAGUCCAAAAUCCAACCUAGAUGCUACUGUAUUAUAUAUACUUUGAAGAUUCUGGCUCUAGCUGAUGACAAAUACACAGCAUGAUUUAGAAAUUGUAUGAACUAAGAGUUGUAUAUAAAACAAUGUAUAUACUAUUCAUUUCAUUUC